GAAGGGGACAAUCCUUCUCUGUGGUCUGGCUUUCUUUGACAGCAGCCUCAAAAAUCUGCCUGCUCCUCAGGAGGGGAUUUGUCUCCUCAGUUCCUCCUGUGAUAGACAUGGGGCCGCUACAUCCCUUUAGCCACUGAAGAUGAGCCAAGAAGACUGACAGAUUCUCCUUUUUGAACCACAGUCUUCACUGUUGUGGGAAAGGAGCUGUGCCUGCGGGAACUCUGCCUUUGCUCCGAGGAGGCUGAUUGAUUAACCCACAAAAGGAAAGCCACUUUAAAAAGCAAAGAUUAUGGCGGAAUCCGACUCAGAUGAUACACAGGAGCUCAUCGUAGUUUGCCUCACGAAGCCCCUGUCAGCCUUCAUCAUUUUAACCAACGUCUUUAUCAUCCUUGGGAUCCUCUUCAAUCACAAGCUCCACGGGACCACCACCAACCGGUUCUUCCUGAGCCUACUGUUUGCUGAUCUUCUGGCUGGAGCUGCCCUUCCCUGUAUCCCUCAGAUGUCCUUUAAGAUGGAAUUGGAAUACCACACUUGCUUUUUAAAACAUGUGGUGCCCAAUUUUCUCUUCCUCUCUUUCUUAGCCAAUCUGCUGGUGGUACAUUAUGUCAAGUAUGUGUGCAUCAUGCACCCACUACACUACCAAAGUUUCUGGGUGCAUCGCUGGGCUGGGCUUUAUAUAGUCCUUGCCUGGACCGCUCCCUUGAUCUUUGCAGCCCUACCACUGGCUUGGUACCAGUGGAAGUCCAAUGAAACAUGCUCCUUCCAUCUUGUCUUUCCCAUGUCUUAUCUCUACGUGGAAACGUACGGCUUCCUCAUUCCAUCCAUCCUUGCCAUGGCCUUUAUGUGUGUCCGGGUCCUAUGUAUUGCCCAAAAACAUCUGAAGAACAUUACAAAACUCCUCCAUUCAGUGACUCAGAGCCAGGCCUCUUCAGAACUGGAGCAGCAACUGGAACUGAGAAAUGCUAAGAGCAUUGCCAGCGUGUCUCUCAUCUUCUUGGUCUGCUGGGUGCCAUACAUUGUUUGCUUGAACAUCUCACUGCUAUCUUUGCAGCAUAGUAUCAGUCCACUGGUGCUCACUGUUGUUACUUGCUUUGGCACUGGUAGUGCUGCUGCAGUGCCAAUCAUCCUCAGUCUUGGCAAUGAGCAGUACACACAAUUUUGGAGGGACUUGGCCACCAAAGUCUGUGCAGGCUGCUGCCAGGGGCAGAGGUGCAAACGAAAGAAAGCCAAGCCAAAGCCAAAGUUGCCACAUGACAAUCUUCAAACCAUAGAGGCAGACACAAGUAGAGCACAAGCUGAUGCCUUCAGUACAAAGCCAUUACCUGAGUCCCUUCGGGAAGAGAGGGUGGGUUAAAAAUAAACUUUUAUUAUUAUUAUUAUAUUCUCACCAGCAGCAAGAAUAAAAACAGGAGAAAUAAGAAAAUAGAGAUUUGAGUUUGGGGGGGGGGGGUUGACAUUCGGAGGAACGUACUGUGACCUUGUUGUUGCUGUGUGCCUGCAAAUAAUUUCCAACCUACAACCCUAAGUCAAGCUGUCAAAUACUUUUCUUACCAAGAGAUUGGCCAUUGCCUUCCUCUGAGAGAGUGUGACUUGCCCAAGGCUACCUAGUGGAUUCCCAUGACCAAGCAGGGGUAUAAACACUGGUUUCCAGAGUUGUAGUCCUUGUUCAUGCUGCCAACAACAAAAGGGCUUGAAUACCCAAAAGGCACCAAAUCCUAUAUGUUGGAAAGUCAGCAAGAUCGCCUCUGGAUAAUAUGUGACUAUGAGAUGCCAAUGAAUAUGUAUUAAUAUAGACUACAUUUUAGAGGAAAGAACUGACAAAACCACACCUGAGCAUUCAUCAUCAAGUAGUAAAGGUAAAGGUUUCUCCCUGAUAUUAAGGCUGGUGUGACUGCAUGGAGCGCCAUUAACUUCCCGCCAGAGUGGUACCUAUUGAUCUACUCACAUUUGCAUGUUUUCGAACUGUUAGGUUAGCAGAAGCCGGGGCUAAAAGCGGGAGCUCACCCUGCUCCUUGGACUCAAACUGACCUUUCAAUCAGCAAGUUCAGCAGCUCAGCAGUUUAACCCACUGUGUCAGCGCAGACAGCGUUUGUGGGCAAAGUUGGCAAAGACUAAUGUGGAUAGACGACUGUUGUUAUUAUUGCAUCAGCUAUAUUCGGGAACAGACCUAAGAGUGAGGUUAGGUCUGUCAGGCAAGCUAUCGAGCAACAUUGAAACAAAAAGAGGAGUUAGGCAAGGCUGUUUGCUAGCACCUUUUCUGUUUAAUUUCUACAUAAACAAUCUAGUUGCUGAGUUGAGCUCCCCUGACCACUUCCCUCCAUUAGGAGGUAGUAGGAAAAUCCAAGUCUUGUUGUAUGCGGAUGACAUGGUCCUCCUGUCAACUACGCAAAUAGGUCUCAGGAGACUUUUGAGGUCACUAAGUAGAAUCUGUGAACAAGAGAAGCUGAUAAUCAAUCACUCUAAAACCAAAGUGAUGGUAUUUUCCAAAAGGAUGCAAAUACAUAAAUGGAAAUUGGAUGGCCACUCAAUAGAGCAGUGUCAUAGCUUUAAAUACCUGGGCAUACACUUAUCAUAUAAUGGGAACUGGAAGAGCCAUAUAGAGGCAGCCAAAUCAUCAGCCUGGAGGUCAGUGAAAUCAAUCCUAGCCUUUGGGAAAACAAAGGGAGGCUCCUUGGUAUGUCCCACAGUAAAGAUUUUUGCUGCUAAGGUUUUACCUCAACUGUUAUACAGAGCAGAAAUUUGGGGACAGGGUAAUACAAAACAGGUUGAAUGUAUUCAGAAUAAGUGCAAGAGCUCUUUUAGCCCUUCCCCCUGGGACUCCAGCCGCCUUGUUAAGGCUUGAAUUGGAUCUUCCCUCACUUAAGGCCAGAAUGCAUAAGCUUAACAUCUCAUACGGGAAGAGACUUCUGGGAAUGGAGGACAAGAGCAUAACAAAGCAAUGCAUGAUGGAGCAGUAUAAGCAAGGAGGAUGGGUUCAAUACUGGCAAGCCUUGCUCCAUCAGUAUUUCGAUGGGUCAACAACAACUCUAAUGCAUCUGGACAAGAAGGCGAUCAGAGACAAAAUCUUUGAGAUGGAUGCAGCUGACAAUCUGCAGAUUAGUAAACAGCAAGGCUUCUCUACCUGGUAUCCCCAACUAAAAAGUGACCAAUUUUGUCAGCAAUAUCUUCAAGACCUAACGUCUGCAGUCCUGAGGAAAGCAUUCACAGCUCUGCGCUUCCAAACAAUGCCAUCAAACUGGCUAGAGGGGAGAUACAGAGGGAUCCCCCAUGUCCAACGACUUUGCAUUUGUGGCACAGGGGAAAAAGAAGAUCUAACACACUAUCUGCUACAUUGCCCCUUGUAUAAUGAUCCUAGGAAAAAUCUCCUAGGAACACUCUUGGAAGAAAGGGCAGCAUGGCAACAAUCUGCUGUGAUCUGUGACUUGCUAGCAGAUUAUUCCAAAAAUAUAACACUAAAGGUUGCCACAUUUGCAAUUGCAGCCCAAAAGAUCAGAGCUAAAGUAGCAAAAUCCAGACUUGAGGACAGAAAUGGAAAUGGUGAUGGUUUGGGAUGAUACAAAUCAGACACUGUCAUUGUUAUGUUGCUGCUAUCAUAAUUUUAAAGAGCUAGUUUUAAAUUUUUUAACAAGUUUUAAUGUUUAUAUUGGAAAGUGCUUAUAAAGGUUGUACAUUACUGAUGGCAUGGCCUAUGGCUAGUACAAUAAACAUUCAUUCACUGUGUCAGCGGGGGCUCAUUCAUCGUCAAACUACACCCAAAAAAAAUGAUGUGAUUGCCAUAAAACAACAAGCGACUAGAUGGCAUAUACAGACCUGAUUAUCCUGCCGGGUCUGAUUUUUGUCCUGAUUGCUGACACUGUGGGUUAUCCCUGGCUUUUAAUUGAUUUUUUUCCCUAUUGUUGAAUCUGCUUUAUUGUAAACCAUUCUGAGAGUUUUAAAACAAAAUAAUAUUUUUCAAGAUUUCUCAAAUAAAAAAGCAGACAAAGUA